AUGGAGGUGGCCCUGGUAGACUUUGAGAGCAUGGAUGGCCUUGAUGGCAGCCUUGAGGAUGAGGUGGACACCUACGCUGAUGAGACCACAGCUCUCACAGUGGACUUGCCCCCCGAGCACAACAGCCAAGGCAGCAACUACCUUCUGCGAGCCCCUCAGCUCUCCUCUACGCCCCCCUGCCACAGUCCUGUGCCCUCCUGCAUGUGGGAAUCCACCUCAUCUUCGCCCAUUCCACAGACACAGACACUAGGAGUACCCCAGUCCCCAACCAUGCCAUCUCCAAACAGACAGGGGCGCAGUAGCUGUGCCAGUAUGAUCUCCAACUGGAAAUUGCUGCUAAACAGUGAGGGCACUAAGGAGAGCGAGACGAUCUUCAGCCAGCUUGCUAAGGAAUGCUGUGAGGAUCUAUUUGUAGAUAAACGAGGGCUGGAUGACGGCGACCAGAAAGUCAUCAUCAACAUUGCCGGUCUUCGUUUUGAGACACAGCUCAAAACUUUGGACCAGUUUCCUGAGACGCUGCUAGGAGAUCCGUUGAAGAGGAUGGACUACUUUGAUCCAAUGAGGAACGAGUACUUCUUUGAUCGGAACCGACCCAGCUUUGACGGAAUCUUGUAUUACUACCAGUCAGGGGGUAAGAUCAGACGUCCAGCUAAUGUUCCCCUGGAUGUGUUUGCAGAUGAAAUUCUGUUCUAUCAGCUUGGAAGUGAGGCCAUGGAGCAGUUCAGAGAAGAUGAAGGAUUCAUAAAGGAUGUUGAGAUCCCUCUUCCUAAUAAUGAUAUGUAUAGGCAAUUCUGGCUGCUCUUUGAGUACCCAGAGAGCUCAAAUGCAGCCCGAGGUGUAGCAUUGGUGUCUGUUUUUGUUAUUGUCAUAUCCAUCAUUAUUUUCUGCAUGGAAACACUUCCAGAAUUUAGAGAUGAAGCCGACCCAAUUGUGCCCACAGCACAACAGCCUUUCAACCAAUCUACAAUUUACACCUCUGUGGCUCCAUCUGGUGUAAAGCCCACAACUUUCUCUGAUCCCUUCUUCAUCAUUGAAACUGCCUGCAUUGCUUGGUUCUUCUUUGAGCUGUGUGUGAGAUUUAUGGUCUGUCCCAGCAAAAAGGAAUUUUUCCACAACCUCAUGAACAUCAUUGACAUUAUUUCCAUCAUCCCUUAUUUUGUUACUGUGGUUACAGAAUUGGUCACAACGCCACAAGAGAGCUCAGGACAGAACAUGUCUUUGGCCAUUCUGCGUAUUAUCCGUCUGGUCAGGGUGUUUCGUAUAUUCAAACUCUCACGUCACUCCAAGGGGCUGCAGAUCCUGGGACAGACUCUGAAGGCCAGCAUGCGUGAGCUUGGCUUGCUCAUCUUCUUCCUCUUCAUCGGCGUGAUCCUCUUUUCCAGCGCUAUCUACUUUGCUGAGGUAGAUGAGCCUAACACACAGUUUGUCAGCAUACCUGAUGGCUUUUGGUGGGCUGUGGUUACUAUGACCACUGUAGGCUACGGAGACAUGUGUCCCAUUACCAUGGGGGGUAAAAUGGUGGGCACCCUGUGUGCCAUCGCAGGUGUUCUGACCAUUGCUUUGCCUGUUCCCGUCAUUGUUUCCAACUUCAACUACUUCUACCACAGAGAGACGGAGGCAGAGGACAAGUUGCCCUUGGCAGAUGCUGUUGAGCAAGCCAUGAAGGCUGAGACAGGGACCACACAGGGUAGCAACACCUCACUCAAUAAAGCCAAUGGCAUCUGGCAGACUGACAAAGGGAAAUAA